CGCCAUAAACAACAAUACGGAAGUGGAAAGAGAAGUCCCGAGGUGCAAAAUGCCACAGUCAUGCUAAAAAUAUUAGAUGUGAUUCCUGUCAGAAUGUACAUGUCGGAAUUAUAAUGCAAGAUAUUUGAUUCUUCACAAACGCCAGUGAGUCGAUCUGACGUAUAUUUGUGUUCGCUCUGGUUAGCCCAAUAGCAAAGCGAUGGAGGGCUCUAAAUCCUCGAGCACAACCAUGCAGGUCAGCUUCGUGUGUCAGCGCUGCUGCCAGCCACUCAAACUGGACACAUCCUUCAAUGUUCUGGACCGGGUGACGAUCCAGGAGCUUAUUGCUCCGUUGGUCACAGUGACACCCAGCAAACAGACUGACAGCACUGAGGGGCAGACGGCACCGGAGGAGACCUUUGUAGAAAACAAGCAAGAUGGAGUGUCAAGAAAAUACAUCCCUCCUGCACGUAUGAUGUCAACAGAGAGCGCCAACAGUUUCACACUGAUUGGAGAAGCAUCAGAUGGCGGUACCAUGGAGAAUCUUAGUCGUAGACUGAAGGUGACCAGUGACCUGUUCGACAUCAUGUCAGGCCAGACGGAUGUUGACCACCCGCUGUGUGAGGAAUGUACCGACACCCUGCUUGACCACCUGGAUACGCAGCUCAACAUCACAGAGAACGAAUGCCAGAAUUACAAGCAGUGUCUGGAGUUGCUGUCACACCUGCAGGUGGAGGAAGAGGAGACCCUUCUGGCAGAGCUGCAGCAGCUGAAGGAGGAAGAGGAGGCUCUGGUUCAGGAGCUGGAGGCUGUGGAGGAGCAAAGAGCAGCUGUGGCCCAGGACCUGGCAGAGAGCAGGAUCCAGUCUCAGCAGCUGGACACGGAGGAGCUACAGUACCAAAAGGAGUACAGCGAGUUUAAACGUCAGCAGCUGGAGCUGGAUGAUGAGCUGAAGAGUGUUGACAAUCAGAUGCGUUACUGCCAGAUCCAGCUUGACCGUUUGAAAAAGACCAAUGUCUUUAACGCCACAUUUCAUAUCUGGCACAGUGGUCAGUUCGGUACCAUCAACAACUUCCGUCUGGGUCGACUCCCCAGCGUGCCGGUGGAGUGGAAUGAGAUCAAUGCAGCCUGGGGGCAAACAGUACUGCUGUUGCACGCUCUGGCAAACAAGAUGGGGCUGCGUUUUCAGAGGUAUCGUCUUGUCCCCUAUGGAAACCACUCCUACUUAGAGUCUCUGACAGACAAGUCUAAGGAACUCCCUCUGUACUGCACAGGCGGCUUGAGGUUCUUCUGGGAUAAUAAAUUCGACCACGCCAUGGUGGCCUUCCUGGACUGUGUGCAGCAGUUCAAAGAGGAAGUGGAGAAAGGAGACACUGGCUUCUGCCUCCCUUACAGGAUGGAUGUGGAGAAAGGUAAGAUCGAGGACACAGGAGGCAGCGGAGGCUCUUACUCCAUAAAAACCCAAUUCAACUCGGAGGAGCAGUGGACCAAAGCGCUCAAGUUCAUGCUCACCAACCUGAAGUGGGGACUGGCCUGGGUCACUUCGCAGUUCUACAACAGAUAAACCUGCUGGACAUUAACUGUGGUCACUGGAUGUCACUUAAAUCUUAUUUGGAUACUUCGCCAAAGGAAAAUGAAUUAUGUCUGAAACAUUUUGCAAGAUUUCAGACUAGAUUGUAUGUUUUGACGUUUAUAAAUGGGGGGUGUAGUUAUAACUUUUUGGUGCAAAGUGGAGACUAGAAAUUGUGGACAUGAAAGACAGGCACAGGUUGCAAUAUCCCUAAAAUUAAGAAGCAAUAGAUACCUGAUUUUUAGUCUCUGUAUUGUCUGCUUCACUAAUAAGUACCUGAAAAGUUGUAUUAGACUUUCUCCCCUAGAAUGUAAUUUAAAAGUAAUCUUCACUAAAUUCCGGUCAAACUAUCACAUUCACCGUUACCUUCUCCUGUUGCACUGCACACCUUUGAACUCACUGUGGAACUCUUUACAGUGAGAACGUUUCCUGUCCAUGUCCAAAGUAAAUAAGCUGUUCAACAAUAAUGUGACAUUGUGGUCAUUGUAGGAUUUUAAUACAUUGACAGUUUGGUUUUCAACAGGAGUUUACCAGUAUUUCAUUAACCCUUACUGCAGUUAUCACAUGUGCAAGUUACAAACAUGCUUUGUAUAGAUGCAGCUUCAAUGUGCAAACUCUGCGCCAUCACAUGUGCUGGUUUGUUUUAAGAUGUGGUGAAUGCUGUCCGAAUUUGAGUCAAUAAACAUUUUAUGCUGUGAAAACAAA